UGCGAUCUCCCAUUAUCAUGGCACAAAGGUCAUGAUGAUGCACUUUCAAUCCUUACCACUUCACAGCUUGAUCUGGCUCAUUACUCCUAUGCGGAACUCUUCACUGCUACCUCUGGCAUCGACAUGCUACAUCUGUUUGGACAAAACAAAUAUCUUGGCAUCAAUAGUACAGACGAUGAGCUCGAUGACCCAAGCCAAGUGCCCAGACCUCCCCCUCUUAUUGCAAUGUCUCCUACCUCACAGUGCCUACUGGAAAUGGUGUUGAGUGAGGAUGGUGUUGAGGGUGCUGGUCUUAGAGAGUUGCAGGGAGAGAAUGAUGAUGAAGAAAUUAUGUUAACGUUUCAAGAGGCCCUAAUUGAUGACUUGCCUACUGAUGCCCCCCCAGCUCAGUCCAACCAUCCUCACACUCUAGAUCCAUUGUCCCCUCCCUUACCACAAGGCCUAGGUAUCUGUCCCAAUGACUAUCUGCUGUAUAGUGGAUGCUGGAUUCACAAACAGAUGGUCUGCUGUCUAGUUGUUAAUAAGGACUUUGUCUCAAAAUUGCUCAAUCAACUUGAGUGCAUCCAUGCAGGCUAUACAAAAGUCAACAAACAGAUCAACAUAUCAGCAGGACAUAUCACUAACCAGAACUUAUUCCUCAUUGGAGAUAUUUUUCUUACCAUCCUUUGUUCCACUCGCACUCUUUCUAUUGGCAUACUUCAUUUGACUACAGCAACUCUCAGCAGUAUUUCUCAGUCAUCAAUCAACAUAGGCAUGAUGAAGGCUUCAAGAACCAUGGUGAAAAUCACCGGUCAACUCCUCAGCAUCAUUUCUACUCGCCCUUUACCUGACAUCUCCCAGGUAUUCUUAUGGGACGGUGGAUAUAUUACAGCGCAUUUGGUGAUUCAAGGUUCCUCACAGUCCACAGAACAUGUCAUUGUUGUGACUGUCCCAGGUUCUCUUGUUGAGCCUGUCAAUCCUGAGCCUACCUUCAUUAGACUACAUGACAACAUCAAUGUGGAUGAGUUCUUGCAAGUGAAUGGGGGCCAGAGCAUGUAG